AUGGAUAAUGAAAAUUCAUCCGAUAUUUUGUGUUCGAUAAAAAAUGGAAUGUUAAAAAUUGUGUUAAAUCGACCAAAAAAAAAAAAUGCUAUUACUAUUGCUAUGUACAAAGAUUUAAUACAAAUUUUACACAAUUCUAUUCAAGAUAGUACAAUUUAUGUAAUAAUUUUAACUGGUACAGGAAGCUUUUUUAGUAGUGGAAAUGAUUUUAAAUAUCUAUUAACAAAUAAAAAUAACAGUGCUUUCAAUAUUGAAAGUACAAUUAAUAUCUUUAAAGAAUUUAUAGAUACAUUAAUUACAUAUCCUAAGCUUUUAGUAGCUGUUGUAAAUGGUCCUGCAAUUGGAAUUGCAGUAACAAUGCUUGCAUUAUUUGACCUGAUAUAUGCAUCGGAUACCAUGUUUGUUACAUUGCAGACUUACUUUCAUACACCAUUUACAAAAUUAGGACUUGUUGCAGAAGGAUGUUCUACAUAUACAUUUUCUAAUAUAUUUGGGAAAUGUAAGGCUAGUGACAUGUUGUAUUUAGGACAUAAGAUGACUGCACUUGAAGCUAAACAUUAUGGCUUUAUUAAUGAAAUAUAUGAAUAUGAAAAUUUAAACAAAGUUUGGACAUAUUUACAAAAAUUGACAGAACUUUCAUCAGAAUCUAUAUUGGCAAUUAAAUGUUUAGUUCGAAGAUGGAAUCAGAACAUUUUAUUGAAAGUAAAUGCAGAAGAAACAAUUGAACUCGUAAAACGUUUACAAUCUCCUGACUUCUUGGAACGAAUGAGUAUUAUAUUACAUAAAAACAAAUUAUAAAAAUUUAAUUAUGUCUUUUAUAAUUAUAUACUUUAUUUUUAUGGAAUAAAUAUUUUUUUUUAUUAAUUGAAUCUCUUAUUUACUAUAGAAUUUUUUAAUAUAAACGUUAUAUCAUUAGAUGCUUCUGAUAACAUGGUUUCCUACAAAACAUUUGAAAAUAAUUGUUAG